AUAUUAUGAUAUUUAAAUCAGUUUACGUGAGGAAGUCAAACUAAGAAUAUGUUUGAUUUAGUUGAUAAAGUGGCACUGGUAACAGGCGCAGCAAAUGGUAUCGGGGCUGCGAUUGUAAGAAAAUUCCUGAAGGAGGGUGCUAAGUUUGUCUCUAUACUGGAUAUUGAAGAGAAAUCUGGCAAUAAUCUGGAAAAGGAAUUAGCGAUACAACAUGGCAAAGAUAAAGUAAAGUUUUUUAAAUGUGACGUCACAAAAGAUGAUGAUCUGUUUGCAGCAUUCAAGAAGACAACAGAUAAAUACGGCAGUUUAGAUGUGGUUGUUAAUAAUGCAGGCAUAGCUAAUGAUGACAUGUAUAUGUAUAAGAAGGAGAUUGAAAUAAAUUUCACAGCUCUUGUUACAAGUACUCUAAAGGCUUUAGAAUUGAUGCGUGAAGAUAAAGGGGGCAAGGGAGGCACCAUUAUAAAUGUUUCAUCGGUUAGCGCUCUUGCUCUGCUGUCACCAACGGCCUUCAUCUAUGGUGCGACUAAAGCUGCAGUCCUACAUUUUACUUCGAGUAUUGGGAAAGAAGCCUACUACUCAAAGACAAAAGUAAGAACGAUAACCACCUGUUUGGGAGCGACGGAUACCAAUUUGAUUUCAGAAGUACGAAGCUUUGAUGAGGAACUGACACGGAAAAUGAAGACGAUAGUCAAAUAUGAACCGUUGCAAACAGCCGAAGAAGCAGCAAAAGGAGUUGUAGAGGCAUACAAACGUGGCGGUAGUGGCAGCACAUGGCUCAUUUGGUGUAAAGUGCAAGACAUUACAGACAGAGUAAAUAAAGGAUACGAAAUUAUGGCUGGAGACAUAUUCGACCGCCCUAGAAUAAAUUUAGUGAUGUAUAGUUUAAAAAAUCUAGUAGCGAUUGUUACUGGUGGUGCAAAUGGUAUCGGUGCAAGUGUUGUGAGGGAAUUUGUUAAGGAAGGUGUAAAGUUUGUAGCAAUUAUCGACGUAAAAGAUGAUGCCGGAGCAGCACUUGAAAAUGAAUUACGAACAAAACAUGGCGAAGGAAUUGUGAGUUUCUUUAAAUGUGACGUCACGAAAGCGGAACAGUUAUACGAUGUUUACAACAAAGUUAUAGAAGAUCACGGAUGUAUAGAUAUAGUCGUAAACAAUGCUGGCAUAGCAGAUGAAUCGAGUGAUAAAUACCGAUUGCAAAUAGAAGUAAAUUUUACGGCGAUAGUGGCGUCAUCAUUUAAAGCAUUAGAGUUGAUGAGAGUAGAUCGUGGAGGCAAAGGCGGAACCAUUAUCAAUGUAUCAUCCAUAGUUGCUCUUUCUCACGAAAUUGGUUUACUUCCUGUAUAUGCUGGCACUAAGAGUGCUAUUCUUCAGUUCAGUUGUCGUCUUGGGAUGGAAGAACUAUAUUCGCGAACAAACGUUCGUGUUCUGACUAUGUGUUUUGGAGAAACAGACACCAACAUUUUGAGAACGUGUAAAAGUUUUGAGGAUAGAACUACAGAGAUUAUAAAGGAAUAUUUUUCAACAAGUAUAGCACAAUCGUCCGAAGCAGCAGCUCAAGGGGUGGUGCAUAGUUACAAAACUGGAAAAAGUGGCAGCGCGUGGUUAAUUGACAAGAACAGUGCUCUGGACAUAACCGACAAAAUUAAAAAGGCUAAUGAAAUAAUGUCUGCCGACAUCACUGUUUAGUCAAACCUAAG